ACUUGAUGGUAGCACGACGCCAGUGGGGACUAUAACAUCCGUCUGCAUUUCCUAGUGCAUUUGUCUAUCUUUUUUACUUGUAAAUUUCCUAAGAGAGGUUGAAAUGACAGAGUUACGGCAUCGGAUUGCAACGGAAAACCAACUGCAACACCAGUCCUCAGAAGAUAAGGGCUCUGAGGCAGAGGACAGGGUGAAGAGAGAUGGAGGUGUGUCAGACAGCGAGUGUAGGCCUGACUCUGGCGUUCCUGAGGUUCCUGUUGCCACUGAUGAUACCCCAGAGGUCCUCAACAAAGCCCUUUCAGGCCUGUCGUCACGCUGGAAGAACUGGUGGGUACGCGGAAUCCUCACCCUGGCAAUGAUCUCCUUCUUCUUCUUCAUCAUAUAUCUCGGGCCGAUGGUACUGAUGAUGAUUGUGCUCUGUGUGCAGAUCAAGUGUUUUCAUGAGAUCAUCACUAUCGGCUACAGCGUGUAUCACUCCUAUCACCUGCCCUGGUUCAGGACGCUCAGCUGGUACUUCCUGUUGUGUGUGAACUACUUCUUCUAUGGUGAGACGGUGACUGAUUACUUCUUCACACUGGUGCAGAGGGAAGAACCACUGCGCAUCCUCAGCAAAUACCAUCGCUUCAUUUCCUUCACCCUAUACCUGACUGGGUUCUGCAUGUUUGUUCUGAGCUUGGUGAAGAAGCAUUACCGUCUUCAGUUCUAUAUGUUUGGCUGGACCCACGUCACCCUGCUUAUCGUGGUCACCCAGUCCCACCUCAUCAUCCACAACCUGUUUGAAGGGAUGAUCUGGUUUAUCGUUCCCAUCUCCUGUGUGAUCUGUAAUGACAUCAUGGCCUACAUGUUUGGCUUCUUCUUUGGCCGAACUCCUCUCAUUAAGCUGUCCCCUAAGAAGACGUGGGAGGGUUUCAUCGGGGGCUUCUUCUCUACGGUGGUCUUUGGAAUCCUGUUGUCCUACGUGAUGUCAGGCUACCGCUAUUUUGUGUGUCCGGUGGAGUUUAACAACGACUCCAACAGCUUCACCGUGGACUGUGAGCCCUCAGAGCUCUUCCAGCUGCAGGACUACACACUUCCAUCUGUGCUGCAGUCCAUCACAGGCUGGAGCACGGUGAAGCUCUUCCCUUUCCAGAUCCACAGCAUCGCCCUGUCCGCCUUCGCCUCCAUCAUGGGACCGUUCGGAGGAUUCUUCGCCAGCGGCUUCAAGAGGGCCUUCAAGAUCAAGGACUUUGCGAACACGAUCCCCGGUCACGGGGGGAUCAUGGACCGCUUCGACUGCCAGUACCUCAUGGCCACUUUUGUCAACGUCUACAUUGCCAGCUUCAUUAGGGGACCAAACCCGACUAAAGUGAUCCAGCAGCUACUGGCCCUGCGGCCAGAUCAGCAGCUGCACAUCUACAACUCCCUGAAGGCCCAUCUGACUGAGAGAGGCCUGCUUGCAACACAGGAGGAGGCAGCCUAGGCUCUGCCCCAUGGGCGGAGUCAGGAGCAGGAAGGUGGAGCAGGGGCAGGGUCACGGGGCAGGUGCUUGGUGGAGGUGGGGGAUUUGUGGAGUGAACCAGCAAGAUCAGGGCCAAGGAGAGCCAAAACCCUAGUGUGAAGCCUUUGGUCAUUCCAUUUGUGUGUGUGUGUGUGUGUGUGUGUGUGUGUGUGUGUGUAGGUUUGUUUAUAUAUAGAUAUAUAUGUACUGUAUGUUCUUUUUUUUAUGUCACAUAAGAAUAUUAUACAGAGUUAAGAGGCUUCAUAUACUUAUAAAUGUGUCAGACUAUUUUAGGGUGAAUCUGUAUAGUCUAUCUCUGUACUUGGGUUACAGAUGUUGUAUUUUCUGAUGUUUUUUUAUAGUGCACUGCUCAUGACAUGGUCACUUCCCCCUUGUGCUGUGGGUUGUGCUGUGUUGUAUCUCCGUUUUGCAGUUAUCUUUGUGUUCAGGUUCCAGUACUGUUUAGUCUGCUGUGUGAUCUGUUCACAGUAAGGUCUACUGAAGGCCCAGAAAUACAGAACAAUUACCAAAUCAUUAUUUAAUUACUGUUGUAAGUAAAUUCCGUUAUGGUUUCUGAGUUUUAAAGGAAUAAGGAAGGUCUCGGGGAUCUAAACAGAAGCUAGCGAAGCGCUCCAGACUGAUGACAGAUGAUGGAGCACGGUUCACUCUGACUUCACUCUCCGUGAUCCAGACCGCAGCAGUAAUAAAGGUGGAGGUGUGUGAUUGUAACAGCUGCAGCUAGCCGGCCCUUCUCGAAACGGGGCUCAUUGGAGGGAGAGCUCAUGCACUUCACGGGUUUCAAAUAAACCCAGUCCUGCUUUUCUGCACUCUAAAGCCCAGCCCACUGCAGAAGACUGGCGUAAUCCUCCAGGUGUUUCAGAUUACGAGAUUAACAAUCCAGCAUUUACGAUAAUGAUUCUACAAUUGUCUUGCAGGGGCUAAAUUGAAUUUUUCAACUUGUGUAUAUGAUGAGGAAAUAGUUUUGUUUGCUAAAUAUGCGCGUCUCAUGACCGAGCGCUUAGACAUGGGAACAAGACGUAGGUCUCACUUUUUUGGAUUAUAGCUUUGUUAUAGUUUUUGUUUUAUACUUUUAAUAAGUAAAUUGGUUAAAUUUAAAUCAGCUUUCACCUUAACAAUAGUGUGUGUAAAAUAUAUAAUAUUCCUUGACUACGUAUUGCCAUGUAUUGUGGAUUUAAACAUAAUAACCUGCUUUUAAUAGACACAUGACCCUUCAUGUUAUGAGUCAGUCAUGAAGGAGUUAAUAAAUGUAUUUCUGUCUAUAGAGUGUGAAACAGAUCACAGGACAGUAAGUGAGGAUGAGAUGAUGUGGUUUGGAUUGGGGAGACACACAGACGUCAUGGACUGAUUGACAGACUUGUGUGUCUAGUCCAGAUGUUACACAGUACAUUUGUAUAUACUCACUGCUGUGUCCUUGUGUGGUUUAACCACAUCCAUCACAUCUACACAUUUAAUAAUAUAACAUUCUACAAUACAGUAAUGUUAGGAUAACCCAUAGUUUAUACACUAUAAUCUAAACUUAAAAAUUUAGGAUGUAUAAGUUGUUUAGGGCAUUGAGGGCACAAUCAUUUCCACCGAGAACUCAAUGUCACGGCUAUAGAAAUAAAAGCAGCUUUAUGUUUAUGGGAGAAAACUCCAGUGGCUCCGGAGCGCUGUGUAGCGCAGCUGUUGAGACUUCUAGCCUGCAUACGCCCUUCAUGGGGGCGCUGAACUGUGGCGCUGAGCGUGUGGGUGAGUCUCGUGUGGGCUUGCUAUCUGUCCCACACAUGCAGUGCACUGUACUAGUGUUAUUCGUGGUUCCCUUUGCUGGGUUUGUAUGUAUCGUAACAGCCGCUACUUUCUUUGAAAUGUCAGCUUGUGCAGCCUACUGAUAUGAGGCCGCGGGGGCUAGGCUUUCUGCCACUUCCUCAUUGGCUGGAAAGAGUGGAGACAGCGAUGUUACACCGACCGUAAAAUAUUAUGAUUAUGGUCAGAUCCUCACUGUGUCCGUGUGGCUUUUACUUCUUACUGUUGGGCUAUCGAUUAUUGGACCAGAGAUGUGUUGACAUACGGAAAUGUUACAGGCCUCCGUGUGUGUGACAGCGAUGGUAUUUUAACAUGGUAAACUGUUACAGGUUUCCUUGUGUGUAAUGGUAAUGUAGAACAUGGGAAUAAACCACAGUAAAAUAUCACCAGUGCAAUAACAUUUCAAAGGAAGUGAAGUUUCUGCUACAUGCUGUAUGAGUGCGUGUUCUACUGUUAUUUACAGAGUCACGUCUCAUAAGAUUCAUUACUUUUCGCCUUUUGUUCAUUUUUUGAGGGUGUGGAGUCAUUUCCUCACUUGUGCCAUGUUCUUGUCUUUAUUUGAACUCAUUUUGUAUCACAUGCCUGUUUUGGUUUGUUUUCUAUAUGAUGUUACAUAUUUUGUAUUUUUGUUCUAGUGAUUAUAAAAAUGUGAGUACCCCUGUAAGCUCCAAGCUGUCAUGCAUGGUAGUUAUGAGCAUACGCACAAUUCCACAGUUUGUGUCAGAACGAGAUUUACAAAGGUCUGUUUGGACUUAUGCUUCGGUAAAGUUGCUAAACCUACUUGUGCUCACGUCUGGGUGCAUCUUUGACGUGUUUAAUAUGAGCAGAAGAAAACACUGUUCUUUUAUUUCGCAGCUUUCACAAAUGGCCGCACCUGUAUUCUCAAAGAGUAUUAAAACAGUGCUGUUCAGA